AUGGACCCCCUGGAACAGGAACAGAUCUUCACACCAACUGACUUUUCAGCAAACUGGCGCCAAAUGUUUCCCUCGGCCACGCACCGGCGCUCGAUCUACAGUAUCCCACUGUCUGAAACUACCUCGCAGCAAGCGGAUUGUCCUUUCGAGUACGAAAUUGAGAGGCCACAAGAGGAUACCUUCACUGAGACGGCAAACGAAGAGCAACAUUAUUUGAAAGAGACUGGUGCAGCCAGUUACGCCUUUGCAGAGGGGGGGGCAAACGUCAAAUCCUUUCAGAAGUCUGUACCAAGUGUAACCGGAGAUCUUCUUGACACAUUUACCACUCUAAAGAGCUUAGAUGUACGAAUGCAGGAGAUGGAGGAGCAAUUUCAAAAGCAGGAGAUUUGGAAUAAAGAUAUGCAGAGGGAGAUGGAGGCAUUGGCUACGGGCUAUGGGAGACUCCGAGAAAUGGAAUCCACAGUGAACGACCUCGAGGACCAAGUCAAAGCUAUCAGCAGAAGGAAGAAUGUGGUUUCUGCGAAGCACAGUGCAAAGUAG